AUGACCCUUGGUCGAAGCGUGUCAAAUAUCGCAAAGCAGCACUACUUUCGCUUACUACACACUUUAAAGUGUAGCAGUGCAAUGCCCUCCCAUUCUCAAAUCGACAUGGAUCCCUUGUUCUGCUACACCAGUGGACGAUGGCUAUGGAACGAGCGUGAGCAACUAGAAGCUCGAUAUCGCCAUUUUGACGUGCCCAGCCUUCAGCAAGCGGCUUGCCAAGCUGUCGGUGCAAACGAGUGUAUAUCUUUCAAGAAGAUCGGCGAAGGCAACCACAACAAAGCAUAUCGUCUAGAGAUGGAAGACGGCCAAAAGGUCAUCGCAAAAGUCCCCCACCCUAAUGCUGGCCCACGAGUACUUACUACUGCAUCGGAAGUGGCAACGAUGGAAUUUGCCCGAACCGUAUUGAACAUACCUGUCCCACGAUUUGUAGAAGUUGAAAGGAAAUUACUCUCAGUCUCCUUUGAAAAAUUGGGAUCUUUGUAUUUUAAAGAGAGUGGUAUCGCCGCAUGCGAGCCGGCCAUCGUUACAGCUAGUCCGCAAGACAUCGUCGGACACGUUGAAUCAACUUAUUGCAUUGGGCCCAUCACUCGAAGGGAGUCCUGGGAGAAGGAGCGCAGUGACAUGCAAUAUCAUGGAACAUCUUCUGUAGAAUACCUCAAGUCUGUCGCUCGCCGUGAGAUCGACUGGAUCAACGCCUAUGCGGACCCACAGGAGCCGAACAAAACUCCAUGGCAAUACACGAGUCCACAGCAGAAGUCCCCAAAGGCUCACACAGAUCUGUUGGAGAAGUUUCUAGCCACAAUUCCGUACAUCACUCCCAAAGACCCAGAGCUUGCCUCUCCUACACUUUGGCACCCAGAAUUCCAUGCUGGAAACAUUUAUAUCGAUGAACAAGCCCGGAUAUCAUGCAUCAUUGAUUGGCAGGGGGCCUGGGCUGGCCCGGUAUUCAUCGGAGCCAAUCCCCCAAUGCAACUAGACUACGGGGUUGAAAUGUUGAUGAAGCUCCCUGAAAACUUCAAAGCACUUGACGAUGCUACAAAAGAUGAGCUCAGAUACCAAGUGUCUCAGUCUGUCUUAAUUCACACGUACGAAACUGCUACGGCAGAGAAGAACCCUCUGAUGUACAAGGUUAUGCGACACCCCCAUGGUCAGACCCUCAAGCAAUUAGAUGCUUUUGUUGGCUCUACCUGGAACAACUGUCUCUUCCCCUUUGAAGAGUGUUUGAUUCGCGUAGAGAGUGAGUGGGAUCACUUUGGUACUAACGAGCCUUGUCCGUACCAUUUCUCAGCAGGGGAAAUACGGCAACACUACGAAGAGGCGGAGUCUUUCAACAAGAGCCAGGAACUCUGGAAAGAUUUACGUGGUAUCUUGACUGAUGAAGGUUAUACGUCGAAGGAAAGUUUUAGCAAAGCUGUCAAAAUACUCAGAGAUUUACGGGAUGUCGGGCUAGGUGACCUGAAGGGCGAGGAACGACGCAACUUCGACAAAGAAACACGAUGGAUUUACAGACAGAGAACGGUAUCAAAAGUGAUGCCAGAACAGUUAUCAAUCACCCAUGUGGCCUCAGGAGGAUCGAUACCUAGGAAGAGCCGACAACGUCACUCCUAUUGGGUUCAGAUAAUGGGCGCGUUGGCUGCGAUCCAGCCGUCGUACACCACUUCAAACCAGUCUUCGGCGAAGAUGCUGCUACGUUUCGACCGGAGCGUUGGCUCGAAGCUUGCUCAAAUUGAUGCAAAAGUGUAUGAUGCAUCGUGGUGCUGA